AUGUCCAGUGCAGUUUGUAUUGCAAUUGCGCUCGUAUCGUUGCAGGCUGGCCGCGAGUUGACUUCCGAAAUGAAGCUAAAGUUAGAAACCAAGUGGCAUAAAAAUCUAGGUGAUUAUCGGUUCAACCCAUCCGACAGUUUGCGAGAGAAGCGUUACGUUCUUGCUAUGUUCCCGUAUCCCUCCGGUAAUCUACACAUGGGCCACGUGCGUGUGUACACGAUCAGCGACGCGAUGGCGAGGUUUUACCGGCUUAACGGUGCCAAUGUUUUGCACCCAAUGGGUUGGGACGCUUUUGGAUUGCCAGCGGAGAAUGCGGCCAUGCAGCGUCAAAUACCGGCCGACACGUGGACCCACCGCAAUAUUGGUGAAAUGCGCAAGCAGCUGGAAAAGCUCUCCUUCAGCUUCGAUUGGCAGCGCGAAUUCGCUACUUGCGAGCCGGAGUAUUACCGCUGGACUCAGCAGCUGUUUCUGAUGCUCUUCAAGGAUGGUUUGGCAUAUCAGAGAGAGGCCCUGGUAAACUGGGAUCCCGUUGAUCAAACGGUGUUGGCUGACGAGCAGGUCGACGAUAACGGGUGUUCCUGGCGAUCAGGAGCGAAGGUGGAGAAAAAGGUGCUACGGCAGUGGUUCAUUAAAACGACAAAAUUUGCCAAACCCCUAUUGGAAGGUUUAAACGAUCCCAGCCUUGAAGAUUGGAAGGAUAUUAUAAAGUUGCAGCGCCAUUGGAUUGGUGAAUGCGAGGGAUACGCGUUUGAGCUCCCUUUGGUAGGAAACGUGAAAGCGAGCGUUUCGGUAUGGACUCGCGACCCGGAGGACUUGAAAAAUGCUCUCUACAUUGCGGUUCACCCAUCCAAUCUGUUGAACAAGGACAAUAGCCUCGACAGUAUGCUAGAUAUUACAGUACAAAAUCCCUUCACGAAAAGCACCCUUCCUGUGGUCGUUCUUGAAAAUGCACCUUUUCCGGAAGGCUGUGAUACCUACUUAGCUAUAGAUAACGAUGAAAAUCGCGCAUUAGCUUUAAAGAACGGGUUAAAUGAAGCGCACUUCGGUGGUAAAGCUUCUGCAACACAAUGUUCUGCGGAGGAAAUUCUUCGCCAAGCAACCACCCUAGGAAUUGGCGGCCAUCCCGUUAGCUCAAAGCUACGUGACUGGUUGAUUUCACGUCAGCGCUUCUGGGGUACACCCAUACCGAUUGUGCAUUGUCCGAGUUGUGGCCCGGUACCCGUCCCUGAACCAGAUCUUCCGGUGAAAUUGCCGACAAACUCCGUCGGAGUUCCGCUCGCUCAGAACGACGAGUGGCUGCGAGUGGCUUGCCCUUCCUGUCAGCAUCCGGAAUGUCGUCGUGAAUCCGACACCAUGGACACAUUUGUGGAUAGUUCGUGGUACUUCUUGCGCUUCAUUGACGCUCACAACACACGCGAAAUGUUUGAUCGCACCCUUGCCCACCGUUUAAUGCCGGUGGACCUGUACGUCGGUGGGAAGGAGCACGCGGUCCUGCAUCUGUAUUACGCGCGCUUUGUCGCGCAUUAUCUGCACAGCAAAGGGUUGUUGCCUUCAGCGGAACCAUUCAAGCGACUGCUGGUGCAAGGAAUGGUGAUGGGCCGUUCGUACCGGGUGACCAGCAACGGGAAAUACAUUUCUGCCGCCGAGGUGGACGUCGUCGAUGAGAAGAGCAACCGAGCAGUUGAACGAGUGACGGGUGAACCGGUUACGAUGCUGUGGGAGAAAAUGUCCAAAUCCAAACACAACGGCGUGGAUCCGCUCGACGUGCUGCGAGAGCACGGAUGUGACACGUUACGGCUCAUCCUGUUGGCUGACGUUGCCCCCACGUCCCAUCGCAACUGGUCCGAAGCGACAUUCCCGGGAAUUCUGAACUGGCAGAAACGCUUGUGGUUAACGAUGCACGACUUUCGAGAACUUCGUGCGAAUAUUCCCCACGGCAGCGUAGUUCCCCCGGCGACGGAGGAAUUUACCGACCACGAGCAUAAGCUGUGGGACGCAAGAAACUACUUCACCGCUGGCGCAACCUUCAACUAUCGCCAUUCGCACCAGCUCAGUGUUGGCAUUUCGAAGAUGCAGGGACUCACGAAUGCCAUCCGGCGAGCACCGGCAGCGGUUGUUGCCUACGGUCGGCAGUACGAGCGUGCGCUUGCGGCACAGAUUAUCAUGCUUGCGCCAAUGGCACCACAUUUUGCUGCCGAACUGUGGGAACAGCUGGUGACCGCACCGUAUCGCGUCGAUCAGGGCCUAUUGGGCGCGUCGGAUGUACGGUGGGAUGGAGGAGUUUUCGAUCAACAGUGGCCAGCAAUCGACGAGGAAUUUCCACUUGAUUUGACCUUCAAGAUCAAUGGCGCUGAGUGUUGCAUCCUGAAAAUACCGGCCAAGCGCUUCAACCAGCUUACGCAUCAAGAGUCCCUGGAUCUGGCACUGCGCCAGGAACUGAUCGUAAAGCUGAUCGGAAAACGGCCACUUCGAACGAGCGAUUUCACGCUGUAUCCGAACUGCGAGGCCUUCCUGAACGUGUUUCUAGACCGUGCCUCACUGGGAGAGGACGAAUCGCCAAAGAGCAAGAAGGAGAAAAAGGACAAGAAAGUAAAGAAGAAAAAGUCACUGGAAGUGCUGUACAUAGGUUAA